AUGCCACUUCCAUUUGGGUUGAAACUGAAACGUACUCGUCGAUACACAGUGUCCAGCAAGAGCUGUUUGGUUGCUCGAAUCCAACUGCUAGACAAUGAGUUUGUGGAGUUCACACUGUCUGUGGAGAGCACUGGUCAGGAAAGCCUGGAAGCUGUAGCCCAAAGACUAGAGCUUCGUGAGAUUACUUACUUCAGCCUGUGGUAUUACAACAAGCAAAAUCAGCGCCGAUGGGUAGAUUUGGACAAGCCUUUGAAAAAGCAGUUAGACAAGUAUGCACUGGAACCAACUGUCUAUUUUGGGGUAGUAUAUUAUGUGCCCACGGUUUCCCAACUUCAGCAGGAAAUUACCAGGUAUCAGUAUUAUCUGCAACUGAAGAAAGAUAUAUUGGAAGGAAAUAUUCCUUGCACAUUAGAACAGGCGAUUCAGCUGGCUGGCUUAGCUGUUCAAGCUGAUUUUGGUGACUUUGAUCAGUAUGAAUCCCAGGACUUUCUACAAAGAUUUGCCUUGUUUCCAGUGGGAUGGUUACAAGAUGAAAAAGUAUUGGAAGAAGCAACGCAAAAAGUGGCCUUGCUACACCAAAAAUACAGAGGGCUUACCCCACCUGAUGCUGAAAUGCUAUAUAUGCAAGAGGUAGAGAGGAUGGAUGGUUAUGGGGAAGAGAGCUAUCCUGCUAAGGAUAGCCAGGGAAGUGACAUCUGUAUUGGAGCCUGUCUUGAUGGUAUCUUUGUGAAACACAAAAAUGGAAGACCUCCAGUUAUAUUUAGGUGGCAUGACAUUGCCAAUAUGUCACACAAUAAGUCCUUCUUUGCAUUAGAACUGACAAAUAAAGAGGAAACCAUCCAGUUUCAAACUGAAGACAUGGAAACUGCAAAAUAUGUAUGGAGGCUGUGUGUUGCAAGACACAAAUUUUACAGACUAAACAAAUGCAACUUGCAAACCCAGACUCUUGCAGUGAAUCCAGUCAGGAGGAGGUCUUCAUCAAGGAUGUCUUUGCCUAAGCCACAGGCAUAUGUGAUGCCUCCACCACCUCAGUUACAUUACAAUGGACACUACACAGAGCCAUAUUCUUCUUCCCAAGAUAACCUCUUUGGGAACAACCAGAAUGGGUAUUAUUGCCAUUCUCAGACGAGUCUAGAUAGAGCGCUCGACUACAAUGGAAGAAUCCGCAAUGGAAGCGUCUAUAGUGCCCACAGCACAAACUCUUUAAAUAACCCGCAGCCUUUCUUGCAACCGUCCCCGAUGUCCUCCAACCCAAGCAUCACGGGAAGCGAUGUCAUGAGGCCCGACUACGUCCCGACACACAGGCACAGCACCCUGAUCCCGCCGUCCUACCGCCCCACCCCAGAUUAUGAGACCGUGAUGCGGCAGCUUAACCGCGGAGUGAGCCACGCAGAGCGGCAGAGCCACUCGCUGAGAAACCUCAACAUUGGCAAUUCGUACGCGUAUAGCAGAGCCGACGCUCUGGUCUACAGUCAGCCGGAGAUCAGAGACCGCGCGCAGCUCGCUUCUCCGCAGUCCGCUCACUAUCCCUUCAAUCUAAACUACAGCUUUCACAGCCAGUCUCCCUACCCCUACCCUGCCGAGAGGCGGCCCGUGGUCGGGGCAGUGAGCGUGCCCGAGCUGACCAACGUCCAGCUUCAGGCUCAGGAUUAUCCAGCCCCCAACAUCAUGAAAACGCAGGUUUACAGGCCGCCCCCCCCUUACCCGUAUCCACGCCCUGCCAACAGCACCCCAGACUUGUCCCGACAUCUGUACAUCAGCAGCAGCAAUCCGGAUCUCAUCACCAGGCGGGUCCACCACUCCGUGCAGACGUUCCAAGAAGACAGCCUCCCGGUGGCCCACUCCCUGCAGGAGGUCAGCGAGCCCCUGACGGCGGCCCGGCACGCCCAGCUAAAGAAGAGGAACAGCAUCGAGAUCGCUGGGUUGACCCAUGGUUUCGAAGGCAUCAGACUUAAAGAGAGGACCAUGUCUGCCUCUGCAGCCGACGUGGCCCUGCCCCGGGUCAUAGCAGCCAGCUCUCAGCCCAACGUUUUCCUAGAAAGGACAAAACAGGAAGACAGCGAAGAACAGGAAAAUGUGAGAUACGGUCAUAAGAAGUCUCUUUCAGAUGCAACUAUGCUGAUUCAUAGCAGUGAAGAAGAAGAAGAGGAGGAGGAUUUCGAGGAAGAAAGCAAAGCCCGCGCAGUGCUCUCUCCUCAUCCUGACGAGGCCCCCCAGCAUCCCUCGGGCAUGGGUGGCUUCUCCAAAGAGCCUUUGCUCAGCUAUCCUUAUGGCUCUGUUCCCCCCACGCCCAACCCUUUGCAUAUCCUUGAGCCAAAGUCACAUAUGCUGGAGACCGAGAAGUCAGUCAGGGCCAUCAGUCCAGUUCAUAUAAUAGUUGAAACCCAGCUCCCUAGAAGACAAGGGCUGCUCACUCCAUCGAUGUCGGAGUCCGACCUGACAACGUCAGGACGAUAUAGAGUCAAGAGGGAUUCUCUUAAGAAGAGGCCCGUGUUGGACAUUCUUUCAGGGAAGAAGAAUGUUGUCGAAGGUCUUCCUCCAUUAGGGGGAAUGAAAAAGAAUCGAGCAGAUGCAAAAAAAUGUGGACCUCUUAAACUGGCUGCCUUAAAUGGAUUAUCAUUAUCUAGAAUGCCCUUGCCUGAUGAAGGAAAAGAAGUGCCUACCAGAGCAACCAAUGAUGAAAGGUGUAAAAUUCUGGAACAGCGUUUAGAACAGGGAAUGGUGUUCACAGAAUAUGAACGCAUUCUGAAAAAGCGGCGGUUGGAUGGGGAAUGUGCAAUAGCACGGCUCCCUGACAAUGCAGAGAGAAACAGAUUCCAAGAUGUGCUCCCUUAUGAUGAUACCAGAGUAGAAUUGGUCCCAACCAAAGAAAAUAAUACUGGUUAUAUCAAUGCAUCACAUAUUAAGGUCUCUGUUGGUGGCAUCGAAUGGGAUUAUAUUGCCACUCAAGGACCUUUGCAAAAUACAUGUCAGGAUUUUUGGCAGAUGGUAUGGGAACAAGGGAUUGCUAUCAUAGCAAUGGCAACAGCAGAAGAAGAAGGUGGACGAGAGAAGAGCUUUCGGUAUUGGCCAAGGCUUGGUUCAAGACAUAACACUGUCACCUAUGGAAGAUUUAAGAUCACAACACGAUUCCGCACUGACUCUGGUUGUUAUGCCACAACUGGCUUGAAAAUCAAACAUCUCCUCACUGGGCAAGAAAGAACAAUUUGGCAUCUUCAAUAUACUGACUGGCCCGAGCAUGGUUGUCCAGAGGACUUAAAGGGGUUUUUGUCUUACCUGGAGGAGAUCCAGUCAGUUCGUCGCCACACAAACAGCACAACAGAGCCCAAAAGUCCCAACCCUCCUUUGCUGGUCCACUGCAGUGCUGGUGUAGGAAGAAGUGGAGUGGUCAUUUUGUCGGAAAUCAUGAUCGCCUGUUUGGAGCACAAUGAGAUGCUGGACAUCCCACGAGUGCUUGAUAUGUUGAGGCAUCAAAGGAUGAUGAUGGUGCAGACACUAUGUCAAUAUACUUUUGUCUAUAGAGUUCUCAUUCAGUUCCUGAGAAACUCAAGGCUUAUAUAA